UAAAACUAUGGCAGAUCCAGUUGAAAAAAAUAAUGAAACUAUUGGAGUGGAAGAAAUAGAGAUGAAAGAACCUGAAAAGGUUGUGAAUGAACGAAAGUUCUCAUUGAAUCAUAAGCUUCGCCGAUUUGACUCGCUCAACUUAGAAGCCGGAAAAGUUUCAAGUGGGUGGAUGAGCCAUGCUGCUAAGCUGGGUUGGAGAAACACGUUGAUUUUGGCAUUUCAGAGCGUAGGAGUGGUGUAUGGAGAUAUAGGCACAUCUCCUCUAUACGUGUUUUCAAGCACCUUCAGCGACGGAAUAAUCCACAACAGCAACGACAUACUGGGCGUGUUGUCUCUCAUAACUUACACACUGCUGCUCGUACCCCUGAUCAAAUAUGUGUUCAUUGUUAUUCGGGCCAACGACAACGGCGAUGGGGGAACGUUUGCACUUUACUCUUUGAUAUGCCGAUACGCGAAGGUGAGCUUAAUUCCAAAUGACCAGCCGGAGGACAGGGAACUGUCUAACUACAAGCUCGACACGCCAUCGAACCAGUUGAGAAGGGCUGAGAGGAUAAAAGAAAAGCUGGAGACGAGUAUGGUGGCUAAACUUGCGCUCUUUCUUGUCACCAUUCUGGCUACCUCCAUGGUGAUUGGGGAUGGAGUUCUUACUCCAUGCAUCUCAGUGCUUUCUGCAGUUGGCGGAAUCAAGGAGGCAACAAACUCCCUUCAUCAAGACACCAUAGUCGGAAUUUCCGUGGCAAUCUUGAUUUGUCUCUUCGCUGUUCAACAAUUCGGCACAGACAAAGUUGGCUACUCAUUUGCACCAACCAUCAUUUUGUGGUUUUGUUUAAUCGGCGGCAUCGGUCUCUACAACUUAUUCAAGUAUGAUGUUGGGGUUUUGCGUGCUUUCAAUCCAAAAUAUAUUAUAGAUUACUUCAAAAGAAACGGCAAGCAAGGAUGGCUAUCUCUCGGUGGGAUUGUGUUGUGUAUCACUGGCACUGAAGCCAUGUUCGCUGACUUGGGCCACUUCUCAGUCCGAGCCAUUCAGAUUAGCUUCUGUGGAGUUGUGCUUCCUGCGUUACUAUCUGCCUAUAUUGGUCAGGCAGCAUACCUCACCAAAUUCCCUGAGAAUGUUGGUGACACUUUCUACCAGUCUAUUCCAGAUCCCUUAUACUGGCCAACCUUUAUUGUGGCCGUUGCUGCUUCCAUCAUUGCCAGCCAAGCUAUGAUAUCUGGAGCAUUUGCGAUCAUAUUCCAAUCCCAAAGUCUAGGCUGUUUUCCAAGGGUGAAGGUGGUUCACACAUCGGCCAAGUACGAAGGACAGGUUUACAUCCCUGAGAUUAACUACAUGCUCAUGGUUGCCUGUGUUGUAGUUACAGUCCUCUUCAAAACAACGGGAAAGAUCAGCAACGCAUAUGGCAUUGCAGUGGUUAAUGUGAUGGUGAUCACAACACUUCUGGUUGUUCUUAUAAUGCUCAUGAUUUGGAAAACAAGCAUUUGGUGGAUUGCAUUGUUCUUUCUGGUGUUUGGUACGAUAGAACUCGUAUAUUUAUCCUCUGUCUUGUCCAAGUUCAUACAGGGUGGCUACCUUCCUCUGUCCUUCUCAGUUUUCUUGAUGAUUGUGAUGGGCAUAUGGCACUAUGUUCACAAAGAAAGAUACAAGUUCGAGCUUAAAAACAAGGUCUCUAGUGAUUUCGUGAGAGAUUUGAUCAAGAACCCAACAAUAAACAGGAUGCCUGGAAUUGGACUUCUAUACUCAGAGCUUGUGCAGGGCAUUCCUCCAAUAUUUUCCCAUUUUGUUGCCAACAUCCCAUCCAUCCACUCAGUGUUGGUGUCUGUCUCUAUAAAGCACAUUCCAAUCAGUAAGGUUGCCAUUGAGGACAGGUUUCUGUUCCGACAAAUUGAACCCAGAGAAAACAGGAUCUUUCGGUGUGUUGUAAGAUAUGGAUACAAGGACGCCAUUGAGGAGCCUGAGGUGUUUGAGCGUCAACUAGUCCAAUACUUGAAAGAAUUUGUCCGCCAUGAACACUUCAUAUUCGAAGGUGAGCCUAUUGAAGAAACAGCAGCUAUGGAGCCUGAUGAGCAGAGCCUCGCACAUUCCGAUCUAUGGUCAAAAGAAGGAAAAAUGCGUGGAUCAGGUCGAUCAGCAGUGCAUAUCGAGGAAUCUCUACAGCAGAACAACCCACCCCAUCUUUCACCGGCAUCCCCCAAUACAGCCGUUGUUGCUGGAUCAACAUAUUCUCCGAACCCAAUGGUAAGUGGAUCCCUAUAUGGAGUUGGAGAAGAGAUGCAGUUUAUUCAGACAGCAUUGGAUAAAGGAGUGGUAUAUCUCUUAGGAGAAGCAGAGGUGGUGGCACGGCCAGAAUCAUCCUUCUUUAGGAAGAUGGUUGUUAACUAUGGCUACAAUUUCCUAAGGAGGAACUUCAGACAAGGAGAGAAAACUAUGUUGAUUCCACGGGAAAGGCUUCUCAGGGUUGGAAUGACGUAUGAGAUAUGAGUAAGGGACUAUUCCUCAGUCAUCGGUGUUAUAAGAAUGCCUUCACAAUCUCACCUCAAUGCUCUAAUAUCAAAACUUCAUGAUAAAAUAAACAAGUUUUGAGCGAAUGGAUUCAGUAGAAGGGUUCCCAAAUACCCAAGAAGGUACAAGGGAAACAAGCAUACUGGAGUUAUGUUCAGGAUUUCAAAGGAAUGCAAAGCUUUAGGUGUUACUCAGAUGCUCAAACGUAAAUGGCCCUUAUUUCCAUUGUUUUGGGUCUAAUUUUUUUUGAAUCCAAAUCCUAAUCGGCUCUUGUUCUGGUCCAUAGAUUAAAUAAAUUGGCCCAACUUUGGACCCAGUUAGCAAAUAUCGGAUAUGAU